AUGAACGGACUCCGAUCUGCUCCGUUGUCCUGGUAUCAUGAGCUGGCUGAGUUUCUUCGGUCCCAGAACUUUGAACCGAGUCUCGACCCAACUAUCUUCCGUCGUCUGACCAAGAAGGGUUUGAUCAUCGUUCUCUUCUAUGUCGAUGACUUGUUGAUUUAUUCGGAAGAUCCGAGUGAAGGGCGCAAGUUUUACGAGGAACUGCGACGGAGGUAUAAGUUGAAGCUGACAGGCGAACUCCUUCAGGAGUACGGAAUAACGAAGCCAGAGAACGUUAGGCCGUUUGGCCUGGGCAGCUCUUUCGAGGCGGCCCCCGACGAAGCCGCGGAGAAUUGCAUGAGAGACUGCCUUCGGUGGAUUAAGGGACUACCUCACAAGGUGCAAAGGUUCCCUUCGCAAAGAGAGAUCUUGGAGGACGACCUGGAAGCCACCUCGAUCUCAUGCUUCACCGAUGCAAGCUGGUCGGUAAAUUCAGUAAGCGGCGGAGUCCUAACAUGGAAAAACUGUGCGCUUAAAACGUACUCUAGAAAGCAGACGACCACGGCACUUUCGAGCGCCGAGUCGGAGCUGGCCGCGCUCACUGAGGUCGCCCGUGAGGGGCUGUACAUCGCUUUGUUGGUAGAAACAAUUCGUGAAGGGAUGCCCCAGGACCGGGAGCAUGGGUAUUAUCUUCUUCAAGGGUAUUCUGACUCGGAAUCGGCUAUCUGUAUCUCUAAGAUGCAGACUCUUCUGAGAAAGGUAAGGCACAUCGAACUCCGUGCUGCCUUCCUCCAGGAACUUGUGUUGAAGGGCCGGUUUACGUUAGAACAUAUACCUGGAACGAUUAACCCAGCUGACGCCCUGACGAAGAGUCCUACUAACGAAAACUUGGCGAGUUUGUAUGACUCCUGUGGCCUUGUCGAUGAGCCGAAGGCCUGGGAUAGUGAGCCUUCUGGGGUACAUGUUUCGUUUGAAGAGCCCAAUGAAAGUGAACAUGAACGUUUUACUCCGUCUAUCCCGACUUCCUGGAAAGCCGCUGCUUUGAAGCUAGCUCGUGGUGAGGCUAGGUAUGUAGUGGUUGAACUUUGUUGUGAAGAGGGAAGUGCUUUGUCUAAAGCCUGCUCGAAGUUUUCUGAGAUUGCCUAUUUUGGGGUGACUAAAGAGAUUGAUCUUCUGAGCUACAAUGGCUUGUGUCUCCUGAGAGAGGUUUUCGGAGUCUUGUGGAAAGGUAGUGACGUGAAGGUCUACGCGCACCUUUCUACCCCGUGUUCUUCGGGGUGUGGUUUGAGGCACCUGAGGUUUAGAAAGGGAGGAAAGGCCCUGGAGAAGUGGAGAGCGGCUCUGGCCGUCCACAAGAGGUCCUGGAAAAGGAUCGAGAAGCUUCUGGAGCAUCACGCAGGCAACCAGAAUCUUCUUCUUUCUCACGAGUGGCCGGAAAGGUCAGGACUCUGGGGUGAGACUGUGUUUCGUAAAGUUGCUAAGAAACUUCGUCUUGAUCAGGGUUGUUUGGUGGAUCGUUGUUGCUUUGAGAAGGGUAACCAACGACCGUGGAAGCGCUGGUACUUCGUUUCGAACCGGAGUGAGUUCGUUUGGGGACUCGCGUCUCAGUGUUCUGAAGCCCACGACCACUAUCAUCUUUCCUUAGUAGAAUCGGGUGUUUAUCCACCUCUUCUGGGAAUCGCUCUCUUGAAGAAUGCAAAGAAGACGUUUGAGGAGAAGUGA